AUGGCCCACCAGGGACAAGCAGCCGACUACUACAAUAGCCAGCCGAAUCCGGCUGCUGGUGCCCCGUAUCAGCAACAAGGAUAUCAACAGCAGGGCUAUCAACAGUAUCCUCCGCCGCCAGCCCAUCUCCAGCAAGGUCAGCAACAGCAACAGCAAUAUCAAGCACCACCGCAGCCUUACCCACCUCAAGAACCAAAGUACACCCAUCAGCCCCCUACUUAUGGCGCCAGCUUUGUCCCCCCGCAAGACGACAAGCAGAGCUUCCAGGACACAUUCAAGAUUCAAAAGCCGAAAUUCAAUGACCUCUGGGCAGGGCUACUGCUGAUCGCAACAUUUUGCGGGUUCGUCGCUGUCUCAGGCCUCACUCUCUACCGAUACUCCAAAUACCAUACCUUCAAUGGUGGCGGAAUCUAUGGGGGCGCCAAUGACUUCUCGCUAGACACCAACACGAUCAUUCUCUUUGCCUUCGUCCUCUGCGUCGCUUUCGCCUUUUCCUGGGUGUAUUUCCUGUCGGCACGGGCGUUUACAAAACAAUUCGUGUGGCUCACUGGCAUACUGAACUGCGCGUCGGCAGUUGCUACCGCAGUCUACUAUCUCUACCGUCGUCUAUGGGGCGCUGGUAUUGUAUUCGCCAUCUUUGCGGUCUUCGCCAUCAUCUGCUUCAUCAGUUGGAUCCCGCGCAUUCCGUUUGCGGUGGUAAUGCUGCAGCAGACCAUGGAUGUUGCGAGGAUGAGGAGGGUACAUGUAUUUCUGGUGAGCCUUGUCGGAGGCCUCAUCAGUGUGGCAUUUGCUGCAUGGUACUCCGUCACGCUCGUCGCCAUUUAUGUGUCUUACAUGCCUAGCAACCCCGGCAGUACCCCCAAUCCAGCCUGUGCCGAUGCGAGCUGUUCCAGUGCGAAGGUGAUCGGAAUGGUCGUGUUCGUCACGUUCGCCGGCUACUGGAUCACAGAAUGGAUCAAAAACACCAUCUAUGCCACGAUUGCAGGAGUCUAUGGUAGCUGGUAUUUCUGUGCAGGAACACCCGGCGGCAUCCCUUCCGGCGCGACCUCCGGCGCUCUGAGGCGGGCUACAACAUAUUCCUUCGGAUCGAUAUCGUUUGGCAGCCUCGUUGUCGCCAUCAUCAACAUGCUUCGCCAGGCCUGCAGUAUUGCUCAGCAGCAAGAGGCCUCUGAUGGAAACAUCGUUGGCUCCAUCAUGUUCUGCAUCCUUGGCUGCAUCAUUGGCUGUCUGAACUGGCUUGUCACGUUUAUCAAUAGAUAUGCGUUCUCUCAUAUUGCGCUCUACGGCAAGCCGUACAUUGCCGCGGCCAAAGACACCUGGCACAUGAUGAAGGAUCGAGGAAUUGAUGCCUUGGUCAACGACUGCCUGGUCGGCCCGGUCCUGACCAUGGGAUCUGUCUUCGUGGCCUACCUUUGCGCUCUCCUGUCCUAUCUCUGGCUGGAAUAUACUCACCCGGCUUACAACGACGGCCGCACCUUCACGCCUGUUAUCAUGGCAUUCUCCUUCCUCAUCGGGUUGCAAGUAUGCCAAAUUUUCAUGACUCCGAUUGGCGCCGGAGUCGAUACUGUAUUUGUGGCAAUGGCUUGGGAUCCGCAGGUGGCCAUCACGGAUCAUCCAGAGUUUUGGGACCGCCUGGUACAAGUUUAUCCUCACGUUCAGCAGGUUAUUCAUGUGUGA